AUGGAGAUAUUAAAAUGCAUAGGAUAUAGCGGUGUCUCGGACGGCAAGUUAGAUACGUUCGAAAAAUUAUUUUUUGCACAUCGUAGCAUAGAUUAUUUUUUGGGAAUGAAAUAUGCAGGUAUCGGUAUUCUAGAUAAAAUGUCGCCAUCAUUUUCUGGAUCAGCAUUUGCAGUUUUUACGUCUGUUGCUCAAAAUAUAGGGACAGCUUUGAUUCUGUUGGGAAGUAUAGUUUAUAUUAUAACCAUAUGCUCAAAUCGAAAAUUUUAUACAAAUUUAAAUGCAGUUACUGUUAAUGUUUCUAUUGCAUCUAUUAUUUAUGGAGUCUAUUGGACAAGUUAUUUUAUUUUAACAUUUGUUUGGUCAGAUUAUUCACAAAUAUGCGUACUGACAAAUUAUUUUGAAGUUGUUGUCCAUACUCAAGUGUUAUAUGCUUACGUUAUGGUAUCAUUCAAUCGCGUGUUUUUCAUUGUCUAUUAUCGACAACAGUUUUUCAAAUCGUUAAGAUGGAUACUAUUAUGUAUUGGUUUACAAUGGAUUGGAGGAUUUUUAAUACCAUUACCAAAUAUAUUCAUUAGUUGGAUGGAAUGCCUUGGUAUUGUGGACAAUGGGUUUAUUCGUCUUUAUACACUUGUAACAAUAUUGAUUAUUCCAAUGAUAAUAUUAUGUUUUGCAAAUGGUGUCAUAUUUUGGUUUGCAAAACAUUCUCAUCAACGUGUAUUACCAUCUAAAGCAACUCAAAUCCAAACGACGAAUACUGCCAGCACUGUUGUGGAAAAUGAAAAUGUUGGCUCAACAAAUGGAGCAAUAUCUAGACGAGAUAUUCGAUUAUUAAAAAAUAUUUUAUUGAUGCUUAUCGUAUUUAUUGUUGGAUGGGCACCUGUUUAUUUUACUUUAACAUUUGGAAAUGUUCAACAAUUAGGAAGUGAAGUUGUACCCAUAUUAGCUUUAUUACCAACAUUCAGUCUUGCUUGUAAUACCUUUCUGUUAUUUCGGUGUAACAAUCCACUUAAGAUACAUUUAAGACAAAUAAUUAAAAAAACAUUUACAAGAGUGAGACCAAAUUAA